GUCCCCCGCAUGCAGCAGUUGAUACGUGUCUUAUGGACCACACAACACAUAACCAUGUUUCCAGAAAAUCUCACGCAUCUUAUCUGCACCCGCCGCCUUCUUCCCUCGUCGUCCACAUGUUGGUCCAGCCGCUGUCAUGGCCAGGCCAGCGCGGCGGCGCGCACCGGACCACCACCACCAACACACGCUGCUGCAUCUCCUUCCACCUCUCCCUACCACACCUAAUCUGACAUUCGCCCUCCUCUAUACAACCCGCCCGGUUCACUCCACCGUCGGCCAUGGCAGGGCCCCGCACCACCGCCGGAGCUCCAAUACUUGUCGUCCACCUAGCGGCCACAUCGCAUCCCUGCCGGCCGGAUCGAUGGAUCCGAAGAAACACGCGUCGUUCUUCGCAACAUGACCAACAUCAACAUGGUUGAGGCCCUCCAGUCCCUCUCCUCGGUGGACGGGAUCCACCAGAUCGGCACCACGCUCGGCCUCCCGACCCCAGGCAAGCCGACGAUGAAGUCGGUCCUCAGGGCCACGCCGGCGGCUGGGGAGGACCAGCGGCAGCAGAACCAGCAAAACACCUUCAACAUCGGUGGUGGGGCCAAAAAGCCGAUCCCCGGUGGUGGCGCGGCCGUUGGAGGCGGCGACCCCUUUGACCAGUUCAUCGCCAAGAACGUCCAACACUUUGCCGUCACUGAGCAGAUCUACGCUAGCAAGGCCCAGGCCACCGGUGGCAAGCAGCUCGACGCGGAGUUGUCGGCGGCCGAGGCCAGCACGGUGAGGUAUGUUGUGAGCCCCGACGGUAAGGGAAAUUACAAGACCAUCACCGAAGCGAUCAAUGCCGUGCCAGAGAAGAACAAGAAGAGGAUCAUCUUAGACAUCAAGCCCGGCACCUACAAGGAGAAGCUGGUAAUCCCGAUGUGGAAGCCGUUCAUCACGUUUGUGGGCAACGCGAAGAACCCGCCGAUCAUCAUGUGGGCCGACACGGCAGGGACGAAAGGCAAGGACAGCAAACCCAUCGGCACCCUCGCCAGCGCCACCCUGGCCGUCGAGGCCGACUACUUCUCAGCCUGCGGCAUCGUAAUCAAGAACAACGCACCAUUGGCAAAGCCGGGCGAAGAGGGCGGACAGGCGGUGGCGCUGCGGCUGUUCGGCACCAAGGCCGCCUUCUACAACUGCACCAUUGACGGCGGGCAGGACACGCUGUACGACCACAAGGGCCUCCACUACUUUAAGAAUUGUAUCAUCCGAGGGAGCGUCGACUUCAUCUUCGGCUUCGGGAGGUCCCUCUACACGGACUGCACGAUCUUUUCGGUGACCAAGGAGAUUGCGAUCCUGACGGCGCAGCAGCGGACCAAGAACAUCGACGACAAGGAUGCCAUCGAGAGCGGGUUCUCGUUCGUGAGGUGCAGCAUCUCCGGAAUGGGCCAGAUCUACCUGGGGAGGGCGUGGGGGGACUCGUCGCGGGUGGUCUACUCCUUCACGGACAUGAGCAAGGAGGUGGUGCCCGUCGGCUGGGACAAAUGGAACGUCGAGAAGCCAGACCGGAGGGGCGGCGUGUUCUACGGGGAGUACAAGUGCAGCGGGCCUGGGGCCAUGUCCAACGAGAGGAUCGGGUGGGCUCGGGUGCUCAACGACGAGCAGGCGAGGCCCUUCACCGGCUCGCACUUCGUCUACGGCAACUCCUGGAUCCUACCCCCGGCCAAAAGCAACUUCUAGCUUGCUCAGAAAAGCAACUACUAGAGCUAUUUUUGUCACCAACUCGUUUAUCCGAGACCUCCGUUUGCGGAGGUUACGCGGCGAUAGCAAAAGCCUGUACAAUUGGCUUUAAGGAAGGUCUGUAAUGAAAUGUGUAAGAGCAUCUCCAACACAUGAUUUAAUAUAGGCAACAACCCAUUAGAGUGUUUUUUAAAGCUACGUACGGUUAGCUGAUACUAAAAAAAUUAUGGCAUCUUCAUAUUUAUGCCCUCACGUGUGCAGUGACCACUGUUGUAUAUAUUGAUUAUUAGGAAAUAUGAGAUAGCUAGGAUUUGUUCUACCUUUCUUUAUACUCCAAGUUGAUCAUUGUACUCCUAUAUAUGCCCGUGAGGUUCAAACAAUACAACAACUAUUCCACC